AUGGAGUUUAGUUUUCAUUCAUUGUUGAUCUUGUUACUGGUGGUAAUUACCCUCUCCACCAUCGUCGUCGAUGCUGACACAAAUGCAGUGUCUCCUUUACCUCAGGUGAUCCAUAAAUCGCAUAAGAAACCACAUCCAUCGCAUCCACCGCCACCCACAGGGAAUCUUACUCCAAUUCCGUACUAUCUAUCAGAGUCGGACCAUUUUGUGAAGCCUCCGUCCAUACAGAAGCCUACACCAGCUCCGCAUCAUCCAUCGCCGCCAAUACAAAAGCCUAUACCAGCUCCGCAUCAUCCAUCACCGCCAGUUGAGGGGGAAGCGCCACUUGAGGGGAAACUUCCACCUCAUAAAAGUAAGCCAAAACAUAGAAAACAUCCCCCUCCACCCAUUUACUAG